CAAUCACAGAUGCGCUUAGUGGGAUUUAAGCGUGCGUGCUGAGCUGUACGAAUUUUAAACUUCCCCAGUGUCAAACAACGCGUUGGRGCUCAUACUUUCUACAAGAGGUUUGGGAGAGCAAAAUGGCGCAGUUUGGGUUUGAGAAUGACAUCCAAAGCAUAUUAAAGCUCGACAUGCCGAUUACAAACGCUCCCAUGAUGGCGAGGUGGCAAAGGAAGGGCAGCUCGUCAAACGCAGCCGCCAACAUGAGCAGCCUGUCUCCGGGUGGAAAGUCUGCCAACACGUCGCAGAGUUUGUCCAAAACGCCGAGCAAAACCCCAGGAAAAAGUAAAACGCCCUCAAAAAUGGGAGGUGAUCGUUACAUUCCCAUUAGAAACMACAAACAGAUGGAUGUGGCGAACUUCCUGCUCACAAAGGAAAAUGAGCCAGUUGAUCCAAACACAGCUGAAACCCAGAAGUUUUGGUCUGUAUCACUGAAUGGCUACAACAUUAAUGAUGCAAAGAUCCUACACCUUGGAGGCCAACCACUAAAUGCACCUGAAGGUUAUCAAAACAACUUGAAAGUUGUCUACAGUCAGGUUACGACCCCCGCUUCUCUGAAAAAGACCAGAUACAUAAGUUUAACGCCAGACAGAAUCCUGGAUGCUCCUGAUAUCCGAAAUGACUUUUACUUAAAUCUGCUUGACUGGAGCAGUCGGAAUCUCCUUGCUGUGGCUCUGCAGGACAGGGUGUACCUGUGGGAUGCCACACAGGGAGAUGUUUAUCUUCUAAUGAAGAUGGAGCAGGAGGAUGACUACAUCUGCUCACUGUCCUGGACAAAAGAAGGCCACUACUUGGCUGUUGGAACCAGUGACUGCAAAGUUCAGUUGUGGGAUGUUGAGAGUCAGAAGCGGCUGCGCAGUAUGUCCAGUCACACGGCUAAAGUUGGCAGUCUGAGCUGGAAUGAUCACAUCCUUUCCAGCGGCUCCAGAUCAGGACACAUCCACCACCAUGACGUGAGGGUGGCAGAGCACCACAUCUGCACACUUCACGGACACGCACAGGAAGUGUGUGGCCUGAAGUGGUCCCCUGACGGGCGCUACCUGGCCAGUGGCGGUAAUGACAACUUGGUGAACUUGUGGCCUCGCGUGCAGGAGGGAAACUCCAGGGGGCCGUUGCACUGCUGGACCGAACACCAGGGCGCUGUCAAGGCUUUGGCCUGGUGUCCAUGGCAGUCGAAUAUUCUUGCUUCAGGAGGGGGCACGAGCGACCGCCACAUCCGCAUGUGGAACGUAAGCAGUGGCUCCUGCAUCAGCUCACUCGACACUCAGUCCCAGAUCUCAUCACUUGUAUUUGCACCCAACUACAAGGAGCUGGUCUCUGCACAUGGAUAUUCCCACAAUAAUGUUGUCAUCUGGAAGUACCCUUCUCUUGCCAAAGUUGCAGAGCUCAAUGGCCAUGAGAACMGGGUUCUCAGCAUGGUUCUGAGCCCGGACUGCUCCACGGUGGCCACUGUUGCCGGAGAUGAAACGAUUCGUCUGUGGAAGAGCUUCGAGUUGGAUCCUGCUAAAAAGAAGAGCAGCGAGAGGAUGACGAAAACGACCAGCAGCGUUAUUCAUCAGUCCAUCAGAUAGAUCACUUCCCCAGAUUUGUUCAAGUGUUUAGGUUUAUUUUAAACGAUGUGCAAAUGUUUAAUCCACAAUAAAGGAUAUGCUGCAGUUGUGAAAUUCUCUGCAAAUGUAUUGAGAGCUGCUCUUAAGGGUUUGUUUUUAAUCAAGAUGUGGUUUUAACACUUUUAUUUGAUGUAUGCAAUUUACCUGAUUUUAAUAAAUGGUUUAUUAACCAACCAA